AGAGAGCUCAGCCGAACGCACUGGCUAUUGUACAGCACGCGACCAAACAGGCGCACGCGUCUAAAAAAAUACAAUACAAAAAUUUUUCGGGAGUACCACAGGGGUGCGUUAUUGGACCGGUGUUUUUUGUAUCGGAAAUAAAGAAGAUUAUUGGUGAAAAGCGUGAUUUUACAAGUGAUUUAUUUAGUUCAUUGCAUGCAGAUGCUGUUUGAUUAUCGAAACACAAUGAGAAGUGAAAAAAUUGAACGAUACGAUUGAGUUAGUGACAUCGAGUGUAGUUUGUGACGAUAAUAUUGCAAAUCAGUGUAUAUGUGUGAGAAGGCGGUACUCAGUGGGAAGAUGACGAACAUCACUCCGGAGACGAGGAUUAUGAUGAUGAGGUCCAAUGACGGAAGACAUGGAUAUAGGAGACAGAUCCUGGCAGCACUAGCGGUGUCUCUAGGCCCGUUCGCGGCUGGUCUGAGCAAAGGCUACAUGUCUCCAGCAAUCGCGUCAAUGCAGGACCCUCAUCAUAAGAACGCGUCAUUUACAGUCAGUGAUCAGCAAGCCAGUUGGAUAGCCAGUCUUAGUUUAUUAGGUGCACUAAUAGGCGGUAUCCUCGGCGGUGUGGUGAUGCGCUACGGUCGCCGCAGUAUACUGCUGGCAGCUGCUCUACCGUACACGCUCGCGUGGGUUGCAAUAGUGUCGCCAAUAAAUAUUUAG